AUGGAGGAGGCGGUCGCGGCGCUGGCGCGCGGCGAGCGGGCGUUGGGGGAGAAAAAUGCGAAAGCCGCGAUCGAGGCGCUGUCGAAGAUCGAGACGCUGGUGCCGCGGGAGUACAAGCUGAAUCAACGCGCCGGGUUGCUGCUGAGCGAGGCGUACAAGCUCGCGGGCGAUAACGCGAGGUAUCUGGAGUAUAAAAAUCGCGUGUGGUGGUGGGGAAGGGGUUUGCGAUGGCCGGGUUGGUACAUAAUCGCGUAUCUGAGCGCUCGAAGCGCGUAUUUCGACGCUAAAGAGGACGACGAGGCGGCGUUUUCGAUGUCGGAAGCCGGCGUCGUCGCGCCGCUGUGGGUCGGUUUGCUGUUCCUGCUCGUGGAAUACGGCUUGCCCGAUUACUAG